UUACAUCCGGGACAUUGUGAUAGCAUGGCGGAUCGUUCUUUCUGAUGAAAAAUCCAUGCUGCGUAGAAUUUUGGAAUAUCUCAAGCAACACACGUCUCGGCAUUUGAUUCUUUGCACCAGUAACGUUGCAAUAUGAAUGAUAGCAUGAUAAAAACCUUUUAGUUUUACUGAGUCGAACUGCACUCAAGAAGCCGCCGGGAAGCCACUGGUAAUAUUAGUGAAACAAUGGAGAAACUGACUGACUGCCGAUUAGGGCCUAACUCAACUCGUUCCUUGCCUGUGUUCCUUGCUUAGUGUGGUUAAGCUGUGCAGUUGGUGAAUUAUUCUUUGUGGCUGGAAACAGCCAUCGGCUAAUUUACUGCAAUUUUUAGUUAAAGAAAAUGAGAGAUGAAUUACAAAGGGUUGGGCGUCCAAGAAAGGGUGCACAGAAAAAACCAAAGGAUAGAACAGAAAGAUAUAGACCCUCUGCAGCACAAGGCUCAUAUGCAUUUAAAAAUGAGGAAGAAUUCCAAAUUCCAAAUAGCAAAGGGCCUGGGUCCCCAAUGAAUAUGCUAACUUCGCCUACUAGCAUAUCUUCUGCUGCUCUGUCUGUUGAUUCCAUAUCUUCAGAGCUGAACCAGUUUGUGGAAAAUGACAGUGAAAAUGCAAGUCAAGAUACGCUUUGUGCUUUUUGCAAUUGUGGAUCUGAAAUGGCACAGAUACUUGGGCAGAUCAAUAGAUACUUUCCAUCUCCAGAUUUCAACCCUUUCAGCUAUGAAGACCAAAGUGGUGCCAGUCAUUCCAUGGAUAUAUCUGUUGACAAGUACUUUGAGGACUCAAGAGAUAGCACAGAUCAAGUUGGAGAAGGGAAUUAUCUCCUUAAGCCUGAGAAGCGGUCAGUAGGGCGUCCACCAGGAAAGAAGAAAAAGCGGAGUAAGCAGUCAUUGGCCAGGCACCAGCAUUUAUCGGCAGAUAUGUCCACUUUUGGGACACCCACUCAGCCUGAGAUCUCAGAUGUUUUUGAUGCUGAUGGUAGUAUUUGGGCCCACCAUUGUUGUGCAGCGUGGUCUGCUGGAGUCUGUCAGACAGAUUCAUACGAUCUUGAGAAUGUUGACAAGGCUGCCUUUAAAGCAAUCAGUGAGCAAUGUAGCCACUGCAACAGACAUGGUGCUAGUGUUGAGUGUCAAAUGCAGAAAUGUUCCAAGCUGUAUCAUUACCCUUGUUGUGCCAGCAGUGGUGCUUUCCAGGAUAUCAAAAGCAUGAUUCUCCUUUGUCCAGAUCAUUUAGAGCAGGCUUCAAGACUUGCUGGUUCUGAGGCAUUUUGUGUGCUAUGUGACAAGGCAGGAGAAAUUUCAAAACAGUUGUUUUGCACAAGUUGUGGAAGGCAUUACCAUGGUCAAUGUUUAGAUCCACCAGUUACACUUAGUGCCAUUGUAAGGAUGGGCUGGCAGUGCCCAGAGUGCAAGGUGUGCCAGGGUUGCAGGCAGCCUGGCGAUGACGAAAAAAUGCUGUUUUGCGAUGAAUGUGACAAGGGAUUCCACACGUAUUGCCUGUCACCUCCCAUGUCAUCUGUGCCAAAGACUGCUUGGAAGUGUUAUAGCUGUCGCAAAUGCGAAGACUGUGGCUCAAAUGUUCCGGGAAGUGGCCCUUCCUGUCGAUGGCAUUUUAACUAUACUGUAUGUGACAAAUGUUAUCAGCAAAGAAAGAAAGGCACAAUGCCCUGUUGUCCCAUGUGUGGCAAGGCAGUGCGAAGUGCAUCUGGUGAAUUCAGCAGACAGUGCUUGAAAUGUGCUAAGCACGUCCAUUGCAGAUGUGACAGAUAUUCUACCAUAGACACUGGUGAUUAUUUUUGUCCGACUUGUAGACACGAUGUUCAUGAUGAUGAUUCGGAAAUUUCUGGUUUCAUGGACCAUAAAGAGGAAAGUAAUGAUAGUUUGCUGUUGAAUCCGGUGCAUUCAUCCACAAGUGAAUUAGAUCCAGAAUUUCUUGGGCAAAGAACUGUUACAAUCGCCGAAGCUGAAGCCAUCUCGAGAGCUGCCACAGGGUUUAUGCAGAGGGAGCCAUCGCCACUUCUGGAACAAAAUGAAAUAGAGGAUCUUGAUUUGAAAGGCAUUGACAUCAACUUUGACGAAGUAAUGAUGGAGACUGGACUGCAUGGCCCACUUAUUCACGACCUAGAAGAACUGAAGCCAGACAGUAGUGACUCACUGAAUUCUCCACCUCAUAUUUCCAGCACCGCAUCUUAUUUAGAACAUUUCCCAUCGCAUGAAGAAAAGGUAGUUACUCGAAUUCAAACAUCAUCAACGGGAAAAGCUGGAAGGGGAAAAAAGAAGAUGCCACCUUUGCGAUGUAGGGGAAGGCCACCUGGUGCUACAGGAAAAGGAAAGAAGAGUAAAGGACAAAGAGGAAGUAGGCCUAGAAGUAAAAGUGCAUCAACAUCCGGCUCAAACAAGGAAAAUAUUCAGUCUGGUGUCGUCAAUUAUGCUGACUCAUCAAGAAAGGAUGAUUCAGAUGACCCGGAAGGCCUGCAUUCAACUGUUGUCAUGGUUUCAACGAAAGAUCGUUUCACCUUGGAACAGGAUAUCUGUAUGUGUUGCGGAAGCUUUGGCAAAGGUAACGAGGGCCAUUUGAUAACCUGUGCACAAUGUGGGCAGUGCUUUCAUCCCUAUUGUGUUAACGUCAAGGUAAGCAAAGUUGUAAUGACAAAGGGUUGGCGUUGUCUGGACUGCACAGUGUGUGAAGGAUGCGGCAAAAAUGAAGAUGAAGGGAAGCUUCUUCUCUGUGAUGGAUGUGACAUCAGCUACCACACAUACUGCUUAGAUCCUCCACUUGAAGAAGUGCCUUCAGAUGGCUGGAAGUGUCAAUGGUGUGUUGAAUGUGUGAACUGUGGAGCGACUAGUCCUGGUGUUGGAUGCAAAUGGAUGUCUAGUUAUACACAAUGUGGGCCUUGUGCCAGCGAUAUGUCAUGUCCGGUUUGCAGUAAAACAUACCUAGACGAUGAACUUGUUGUGAAAUGUAUGCAUUGUUCUAGAUGGUUGCAUGCUGAAUGCGACGGACUAGCCUCUGAAGAUGAUGCAGAAUUGGCUGCAAGUUAUGUUUACCACUGUUGUCUCUGCCGUGGAGAAACUGGCCAUUAUGGAAUCUUCUCGACGUCGUGGACGAACAUCAUAGAGAGAGGUGUGUAUUCAACGAGUAGCGGGAAGCUUAGUGCAUUGCAGUCAAUUGUUGUGACACAAACAACAACAACAGUUAUGGCGACAGGUAUAGCCAAUAGAAGAACAAAAGGUGGCACUAAUUCUAAGAACAGCAGAAACCCUUUGACUGCAAGCGGCUGGAACCAAAGGCAACCACAACAUCCAAUUCAGGCGUCAGCCCAAGGAACUUUCGAAGUGCAGUUGCCUGGACUGAGGCUGAAAGGGCGUCGGGAGGAAACUGCCGAGGUUGAUACAAUUAGCUUGACAGAUAAUGGGCUACGUCAGAUAAAGAGUUUGGUAGUAAAGGCAUCUUCACGGAGUAAUAACCGAAAUAGAGAGAAGCAAGCUAAACUUGCAAGCAUUGAUGAUCGAGCAACGGAGAGAGAAACAAAAACUUCAGCUCAACUGACAGAGACGUCUGCUUGUAGUGAUGAUAUUGGUGAAAACCGUCAGCCAGUUUGUCUUGCUAGCGACUCUGCGGAAGGCACAAGCAAUGCUGCUGAUGGCGAUAUGAGUAAUAAGAAGUUAGACAGAGAUAAACGUGGCUCGGGAAGGUCAACAACUGAUAAACAAGCAGAACAAGCCAAAGCAAAGAAAGCCAGCGAGAAGAGAGAUGAUCCUCUGGACUUCUUUGGACCAGGUCUUCUGAAACUAUCUAAGAAAAAAAGAAAGAAAGACUCUUUAACUGACAAUGACACCCAGUCUUCAGAGGACGAAACAGCUAAAGACAAUGAUGAACGCCUUGAGGUUUCGAAACUAGAAGUAAACAACACACAGCACCGUGACCAGUCUAGGCUACCUGCCAGGAAUCAAAUAGCUAAUUGGUCGUCUACACUGCCACCAGGAAUGAAAAUUGACAGUCUGCCUGGACACAUGCAAAACCCAGAGACUUUAUACAAGACCUUGAAUAUGCUUGUCAAUACUCCCGAACGCGGCGAUGGGAAAAAUCUCCAUCACGAUCACAAUAUAGGACAAAACAGAGCUGAACAAAAUUUUGGCACCCCUAAAGCGCUUCCUUCGAGGCAUAGUUCAAAAGGCAGCAUUUCUGACCAAAACUCUGCUGGUAUUAACCAAAGUGCUGACAUCACGCAGACAGGGGACCUUGAUUUGAUGGGACUGUCUGAUCUACCUCAUGUUGAUGGGCACGAAGUUGAAGAAAUCUUUGCUGGGAUCGAACGUGAAAUGAGUGUCGAUGGAACCCCACAAUCUCAUUGUCAAAGCCCAAUGGAAACACCCAUAACUGCAAGUGACAAGGCUAAACCUGUAGGAAGCCCAAGAACUUUUCAAGCACAACAUCGACUUGCAGCCGGCCCUUCUCAAAGGCCAGAUUCUGUCCUACAACAAGCUUAUCCCGACCAACAGCAGCAACAACAGCAGCAGCGCCUCAACUUAAAUCAACCGGAAUUUCGCCAGUAUGAUUUAUACCGGACCAACCCCAAUUUUCAAUUGGAACAUGGAAUGGAUUACAAGACCAAUCAAAAGGCGAUACAACCUCAGUCCGGAGAAACUGAUGCUUUUAAAGCAGUUUUUGGAGAAGAGCCUGAGAUCAAGUCUAAGCCGAGAGAAGGUGCAACUAGCCCCAAAAUAGAUGGACAAAAACAAUUGAAGAAAUGGGAACAAGAUGAGAAGCUUGAGAGUCUUGCAACAAUAUCACCAGUGCUUUAUGCUAAUAUUGUUCAUCCGGAGUUGAAAGUGGAGUAUCCCGAAUGGCCAAACCGAGCCCGAGCAAUUGCAAGAUUAUGGAGGAAGCUGCCGCAAGAGCAAAGAGAACCCUUUCGUCUGCGUGCAAGAGACAACAGAGUGAAACAGAAAGACCAGGGUCGAAAGCUCGGUCCGUUUCACAAAGCAUCAACACCAACUUCGGCAGAAGGCAAUGAUCAAAGUGCUGAUUCGUCUUCAAGUUUGCCAACAUCACAAGUAGCUGUUUCUGGGUCUCUUAGUAAAACCAAUGAAAUGGCCGUUUUGAAGGGGUUGUCGGGUAAUCUUAUUCUAAAUGGAGAUCCAAGUAGCCUUGUUGGCAAUCGACAACAUGACCAGACUGUACCCUCUAGGUAUGCUUAUGGAGACUUGCCGCACACUCUUGCCAGUAGACCAGGUAGCGAGACUAGACCUGGUGUCACCUUUCCAAGGCACCCAAAUGCUCUGCCUGUUGGCUCAGAGAAUAAUUUGCGAUCUUGUCCUCCAAAUCUAGCUACUGAUACAAUCACAUCUCCAAGCGGCCAUUUAGUGCCAUCCCAGAGCCCAUCUUCUGUUUUGGCAAGGCCUGUAUCCAAGGGAAACAGCAAACCACAGUCAUUAGCAGAAAUAGUACCAACAGAAAUGCAGUAUGCUGGUUCGGGGCUUACACCAACCACACCAGUGUUUGCAACUUCACCCUUUCAAAGCCCACUAAGUGGCGAUUUUAGUGGCUCUCCAGCGGUAAUGUCCCAGUCAGCGCCUAUUGAACCAACAAUUGGCGAAAAAAGAAAGUUGAAAAAACAACAGAAAAUAAGUAAAGAACAAUCAGAUACCGAGAAGGAAGAGAAAAAGAGAAAACUUGCUUUGGAGCAGGAAAAAGAACGACAGUGGAAGUUGUUACAACAGCAAAGACUAAAAGAACAGCAAUCUCAUCAGCAAACGUCUACAAUCCAGCAAGUUAUGAUGAUGAAAGAGCAGAUGAGAAAGGACAACAAUAAGGUGGGUCGCAAGCCACAAAGUGUGUUUGCUUCAGAACAGGACUAUGCAAUGAACGAGUUCAGACCAACAGUGCUACCACCUGUGAAACCUUUAACAGUUAGUCAGUCUUCUAAGCAACGACCUGCAGAUGCGGCUACAACUGUGUCCACUCCCACCAGCGUGUCAAGUCACACAGAGUAUCCCAUCGAUCACCAUUCAACCCAACAACACAGUUUUCUGUCGAAUGAAUUAGUUGGAAGAGACUCGUCAGGACAAACAUAUGCCUUUGAUUUGAGAAGUGAGCAAUCGGCAGAAUUAGACAGUUUGAUGGAAAUCAACACUACUGAUUUGAUGAGGAUUGCAAACACAAGGUCCAUUCGUGGUGAUUCUGUCACUAACACAGCUGCAGGCAUGCCACCAGCAUAUGAUAGUGUUGCCUCAACACAAGCAGUAUCUGAUUCUUCUAGCAAGGGCCCAUUGCUCCCUGGUGUUUCCAAAGCUGGAGUUGAUUUUGUUAGUGACAAACGUGAUGUUACAUCAAGUAGCAGCAUCAUACAACAACGGCAGCAGCACCAAAGAAUCAGUAUUUCCAUUUCUGACCCAGCUACCCCCUCCAGUAGCCAACCCGGGAUGUUCAGUUCUACUACAAGUCAGUCAGAAAACAAAUCCCAGAGAAGUAAUGACAACCAGAUUACAAAAACAAUGUCUGGUUUCCUGCUGGAUACCAGUUCAAGUAUCGCACAGACUGCAACUAUUGAAGCAUUUGACAAGCAGCAAGCAGCUGCUCUGAGGCCACAGCAACAACAGCAGCAACAACAACAGCAAGCACUUCUAUUUCAGCAGCAGCAAUUUAUCGCUGCGCAGCAACAAUACAUCCAAUGGCAAUUGCAACAAAGGAAUCCUGAGUUAUUUCAGUCAGUAGCGACCCCUGUGCAGUAUUCGUCUUAUACAGACAAAGAUCUGCCAGAAGUGGACAGCGAAGAGCAACACCAAGAAAGGAUCAGAUUAUACAGGCAGCGACAAAUGCAGAAACAACAGGUCGUCCAGAUACAGCAACAACUACAUCAACAGCAGGUGUUUGCACAGCAGCAGGUUGCCCCAACUUCAUCUGGCAGUGCAGUGCGCCCACAGGUGGACCAGACGCAGCAACAAUUUGUCCAGCAAUUAAUGCAAUAUCAACAACAAAUACCAGAAGCCUUGCAACAACAGUUUCUUCUCGAAUACAGUCGUCAGAUGCAACAGAAGACUGAUAUUGGUCAGAAUGCUAUGCAAUAUGAAAAGUUUCUUGCAGAGCUAGCUCAGCAGUACGGUUAUCCUGUUCAGCAGCCUGGUGCUCAGACCGUUUCGGUGGUGCAACAUAGCAUUUCAUGGCCAAAUGCCACUGCUGCCACUCUCCAUCCAAAUAUGCAGCAAGUAUUUGCUUAUGGGGCAAUUGAUGAAGAAAAGGCCAAAGAUUUGACACCUCAGCAAUUAUACCAACUGCAAAUGCAGCAAACACUGCUUAUGCAAAUGGCAGCUAGUGGAAUGUAUACUGGCCAACCAGCUGCGAUAAGAAAUCAGCCUGGAAGCACAACAACAACUCGAAAAACCACUGCAGCUUCGUCGCAAACAAAGAAGUCACGUGACACAAAAAAACAAGAUGCACAGGAAAAGCAAGUCAAGAUAGAUUCAACUGUGGUGCAACACGCAAAAGUAGGCUCGAAAGCCAGCCAGAGUUCCCAUGAUGACGAAAAAAUGUCAGAGGAAAGUGGCGUCUCAAAGCACGAGUCAGCAAGUAUGGAGUCUCGGAAAGCAGACCCAAGUGGCACUGACAUUUCGAUGCAUUCUGAACAUUUGUCAGAUGUGUCAAUGGAAAAGGAUACCACUGCUAAAUCAGUCAUCAAUGAAGCAGUUUCAAACAGCAGCAUAAAAAGCACUGCCAGUAGUUCUCCAUCUCCAACUAAUAAUUUAGUAAUGACAAAUAGCCAAGAUUCUUCUCGACUAGCCAACAAGGAGGAGACUGCUUCAACAGUUGAUACACUGCACAAAAUGGCUGGAGUAGCGUCAGGAUCCAUGCCUUCAGAGAGAAAUGCUGUUUGCAGUGAUGGAAUUCAUUGUGGUACAGAUUCUGAGUCUGAAAGUGCACCAGACAACAACAAAAGUUCCCUUACUAGUUUACAGAAUGAAAAGGCUGGAUAUGAAUCUUUUAAUAAAAUCUCAAAUACAAAGAAAGUUUGUGAGGAUGGAAUCCACUGUGGAACCGAUUCUGAGGAUGAAAGUUACUUGCCAGAAAUGAGGAAAAAUAUCAAAGGAACGUGUGCGGAUGGUAUUCAUUGUGGAACAGACUCGGAGGGUGAGGAAUUCACUGGAAAAACUGUUAACCGUAAGAAAAAACCAUGUGACGAUGGUAUUCAUUGUGGAACAGAUUCUGAAGAGGAAGAGCCUGGUAAGAAACAGUCAGGUAAGGACAAGCAGCAAUGUACGGAUGGAAUUCAUUGUGGGACAGACUCUGAAGAUGACCAGCUUGACAAGAAACGCAGAGGUAAGAGCAAGCAGCGAUGCACUGAUGGAAUUCACUGUGGGACGGACUCUGAAGAUGAAGCGGCCAAUAAAAAACAAGCAACUAAGCGCAAGCAGCAAUGUUCCGAUGGAAUUCACUGUGGGACAGACUCUGAAGAUGACCAGCUUGACAAGAAACGCAGAGGUAAGAGCAAGCAGCGAUGCACUGAUGGAAUUCACUGUGGGACGGACUCUGAAGAUGAAGCGGCCAAUAAAAAUCAAGCAACUAAGCGCAAGCAGCAAUGUUCCGAUGGAAUUCACUGUGGGACAGACUCUGAAGAUGAAGGGACCAAUAAAACACAAGCAGGUAAGAGCAAAGAGCGAUGCACAGAUGGAAUUCAUUGUGGGACGGAUUCUGAAGAUGAAAAUGAUAGCAAAGACAAGAAAAUUCUUGUCUCGCGUCAGGAAAUGAGAAAAGAAGGAAAAGUAAAACAAUCACGGCCUGUCAACAGUUGCUCUGAUGGAAUCCAUUGUGGAACAGACUCCGAGGGGGAAGAAGACGUUAGUGAUAAGAAGAACUCAAAGUCGUUGUUUGAAUCUGGAAAGGUUUCUCUUGUUAAGAACACUGAAGGUAUUGGCAGUCAAGGAAGUGAUGAAGCAGGGAAAAGUUUUAUGCAGAAAUCACGGCCUUUGGUAGUAGUUAAUAGACAGGAAACAAGUAUGUCAUCUGUUCAUUCACAGGACUCUUCUGUCCUUAGCUAUGCUAGAGCAAAAACAUCUGCUGUAGUGUCGACCGUAAUGUCAAACCAUACAGUUGAAGUUAUCCAGGAAGGCGAUGUCACUCAAAAUACGUUCAGUGCUUUAGAGAACAUGAGCAGGAAUCUUAAGGGAACGAAAGUUGACACUUCGUUGCAUGAGACCUUCAAUGUUUCAGCGUUAAAUGUUUCAUCAGAAAGCGUGCCCCUUGUCAACAGAGAGAGUCCAGUAUCUAAACUAAAGAGCCCCACGCCGACUAGCUUUCCAAAGGAAUCAGCAGGUCCGACUGUUGCCAGUGCAAAACACAGUGCCAUUCAUAAACCCAUGCCACAGAAUAACGUUUCUUCACCUCUGACGACUUCUGAUAGUGGCAAAGCUUAUCUUCAGAGUGCUUCAUCUUCCAAUGUGGAAGCUCUGUCAACAGUUGCAAAAUCAUUGGCACAAAGUACGCUUGAGCAACGGCCCUUUCCAACAGUAAGCCAAACAAUGCCUUUCGGAAGUCCAAAGGACCUCAAUUCAAAGGAUACUCCGCCAGCAGUUCUACAACAACCAUCCCAGCUUCAACCUUUCUCUCCAAAUGUUGCUCCUCACACGCCUAAUCCAGAACAAUCUGCCACCCACAGACAAAAACAGAAGUUGCCAGUUAUUCCUCCUACAUCUCCGCAAUAUCAGCAACUUUUCAUGCACCAACAUCAGUUGUUAAUUAUGCAGUUCCAGCAGUACCAAUUCCAGCUGCAAGCUCAGUAUCAACAGCUAAGCCAACAACAAAUGUCUCCCCAGCAGCAAUUUCUUUUGCAGCAACAGUACCACCAGCAAAUGAUGCUUUUGCAACGCCAAUUUGUCCAACAGCAGGCCCAGCUUCAAACAAUGGCAUCUACUGGCAUGCAGUUUUCAGAACAAGAACUUAAUGUCAUGUAUCAACAACAGAUGGUAGCUCAGCAGGCAUACAAGCAGUGGGUGGGAACAUUGUCACUUGACCAACAGGGACAGCUGCAUGCAAGAAUGCAAGCAAAUAUGCAACAAGUACAACAGGGCAUGGCAGCCAUCAUGCAAAAUACGUUAAAAAAUGUAUCAGAGAAUGCAAGAGAUAAACCAAAGAAGCAGAGGGGUCGCAGACCACGCAAGUCAAAAGGAGAUUCAGCAGACCCUGCGACUCCGGCACCAUCUACACCCACGCAGCCACCAACUCCUGCCUCAGUAGGUGAUGCACCUCAGCCACCCACUCCUAAUAAAGAUACGGAACUGGAUGCUAAGAUCAAGACCCAAUUGCCAGCUAGUGCAACGUUGCAAAUGCAGGGUUCAAUGAAAAAUGUUCAGAAUCAGUCAAAUCAAACUGCACUCUAUGCAGGACAGGCAGUCGGCGUACCAAAUCAAAUUGAUAUGUAUGCAAAUGUUCAUCAAGAUCAAAUGAAGCCUUUAACGACUAACGAACGUUUAGUAGGCCAAGCAAGCUAUGUUUCCAGUCAGGCAAGUGUUGAUCAGCGCAUCCCAGCAGUGUCACGCUCAGACUGGCAACAGGCACAAUUGCACAACAUACAGCAGCAACAACAGCAGCAAAACCACGCACAGCAGCAACAACAAUCAGCAGCAAAGUCGUUAGCGCAAACAAGUGUUCAAAACCAACGGCCCCAGUUGUCUAGAGUUGGAAUUUCAGAAGGAAGCUUGCCUCUUCGUGAUGUAUAUCAGGAAGUUGAGUUGAAAAGUAAAGUCGUAAGUAAGAUGUCUGUUACUCCAGGUAGUCAAAUUCCGCACACCAGUAUUCAGGGAUUACAAACAGUUGCUGUAGAGCCAUGGAAAAAUGCACAAUCGAAUCAGGUAUCUAGUGAAAAGACUGAAAGUUUAACUCAGCGAAUCCUUCAACCUCCUGUAAAUUCUUCAUCUGGUAUCUAUUUCCAAAAUAUUCCUGCUUCUGUUCGUAUCUCGAAUGACGUGGACUAUUUUAGCCAAUCCCAGCGGCAGACUCUCACGCAGCCACAAGGUCAACAAUUGCAGAGUCCAACUUUUAUCCACAACCAAAGUUCUAUGUCAAACAUUAUCAGCACUCAUUUUAAUGUUACCACUGCAAUAGUUACACAGCCAAGUACGGCAGUCAUUGAUAACAAUUUACAUAUUAUGUCAACUCAAUCGACAACACCACAGCUGUCAUCUGGUAGCUUACAUCAGCAGCCGUGGGCUCAAACGACCACCAUGAGCAGUGGUCAAAAACAGCAAGUACCUGACGCUUUUCCCCAAGCACAGCAAAUACCUCCUACUGAACUACAAAGACAGGCAAGUGCUAUUUAUCCCCCAAUUGCUGAUCGCCCAGAUGACCUGAGUCAUGCACCCCAACCCUAUUCACAAUUGCAAAGUAGACCAGCUGUUCAAAAUGACAGUCAAAUUCCACAAAAUUCUACAGUUCGAAGUCCUCUCCAUUACCCCCCAGACUACAUUCAACAACAAUUGCAACAACAGCAGCUGCAACACCAUCAACUGCAACAACAACCACCCCAACAACAGGUGCACCCGCAACCCGUUAGUUCAGUCCCGUAUCCAAUGGAUCAAAGUGUUUCUCGUUACAAUGCAGCAGGAGAGCCAUCAGCAAAAGAAAGUCCUAAAGCAGUUACGAAAAAGAAGAAAUCAGUGCAGGGCGCCCAGGUCCCAUCUGGCAAUGUUGAUUUUAGUUUAUUAAAUCCUGAAGAACAGAAGAAGUUUUUACUUGAGAGAAAAAAGGAAGAUUUUGAGAGAAGAAGAAGGCUAUUGGAGGAGCAACGGCAAAUGAAAUUGAAAGAUCAAGAAAACCAACGUACAGUGCCAAAGAAAAUGGACAAGAAAAUGCCCCGCACAAAACAACAGCGAAAAGUCAAAGGUGGUACUUCUAAAGAAAGGGAACCAAUGCCAAAAUCACCCGUUAGAUUAAUUCUGGAAGACAAGGGUUUAAGGUUUCCUCUUUGUGAACCAGAAGUACGUCUUCUGUAUCCGUUAGUACAGCCAUUUGGCAGUGGAUAUCUAAACGGUGACAAAAUGCUUCUUGGCACGUUUGGCAAUGCAACUGUUCAGGACCAGUUCGACUAUUAUGCACAGUUCCCAUCUCCUAAUCCGCCGGUUACAUCAAGCAAUCCUCCAACCCCGCCAGCAUCACUUCCGCCAUCGCCAGGAACCAUUAACCAGUCACUGCGCGACAGCUUGCAGAUGAUACCAACAGAAGGUAUUUUUGACGAUAUCAUACAAAAGUCAGAUCCGAACAAAAAUGCCUUAUUGUUCAGGCAGGAUGACCGACAGCAGGACAGUUUUGGAGCCACAUAUUCAAAUUCUAAUCAACAGAAUCGAAGCGAAGACCGAACUCGAGAGGACUCAAAGGAAGGCGUUCUAGUCACUUGA